GUUCAGUUUUCGCUAUUGGCUGUACCUUCUAGUUAUAAUUGGUUGAGCUCAUGUCCUGUGAGAGAGGGGCCAUGGUAAGUUUUGCUAGUCUGCAAUGUGUGGUGAAAGUGUUGCCUUACAGGAAGUAAAAUAAACAGAACAGUGUUGAAAAAGCUCCAACAGGCAUUGGUAACAUGCUUCUGCUCUUCUCUGGCUUGUGCCUGUGCUCAAUUGGUAAGAUCUUUUAACAGGAUGAAAUUGUGUGUGUUUAAUUGAAGUUGGAGGUUUUGCAUGUCAUAUUUGUGAAGCCAAUUGGUUGUCUAGGUUUUCUAAGGAUCUGAGGAUUUUGUCAACUUCCUCAGUUUAACCCUUCUGAUUACUUUACCAUAACAUAACUACACCAAUAUCUGUUAGUAAAAAAAUGUCUUUGAUCAGUAGCAAUGCGUGACAGUAAAUUAUCAUUCUUGUGCAAUAUAAUGCAGCUAUAUCCUGCUUGAUUUAUAUAAUCAUGUUAGGGUUAGGCCCUUAUGGCUUGGUUUCAGUUUAUUUAUGAGGAGUCAGAUUUCUCUGCUCAUGUUGGCUGACUAUUUAUCAGUAUGAGAAAAAUAUAUUGUGUGUCACUUGCCUUUGGCUACAGUUCUGACUGUCAGUUGUAGCACACAGUCUUAUGUAAGUGUGUGUGUUUGUGUGUGUGUGUGUGUGUGUGUGUGUGUGUGUGUGUGUGUGUGUGUGUGUGUGUGUGUGUGUGUAUGUGUGUGCGUGCAUGCAGUGGUGGAAAAAGUACGCAAUUGUCAUACUUGAGUAAAAGUAAAGAUACCUUAAUAGAAAAUGACUCAAGUCAAAGUCACCCAGUAAAUGACUACUUGAGUAAAAGUCUAAAAGUAUUUGGUUUUAAAUAUACUUAAGUAUCAAAAGUAAAUGGAAUUGCUAAAAUGUACUUAAGUAUCAAAAGUCAAAGUCAAAGUAUAACUCAUUUCAAAUUCCUUAUAUUAAGCAAACCAGACGGCAUUUUCUAGUUUUCUUUAUUUACGGAUAGCCAGGGGCACACUCCAACACUCAGAUAUCAUUUACAAACGAAGCAUUUGUGUUUAGUGAGUCCGCCAGAUCAGAGGCAGUAGGGAUGACCAGGGAUGUUCUCUUGAUAAGUGUGUGAAUUGGACCAUUUUCCUGUCAAAAUGUAACGAGUACUUUUGGGUGUCAGAGAAAAUGUAUGGUGUAAAAAGUACAUCAUUUUCUUUAGGAAUGUAGUGAAGUACAAGUAAAAGUUGGCAAAAAUAUAAAUAGUAAAGUAAAGUACAGAUACCCCAAAAAACUACUUAAGUAGUACUUUAAAGUAUUUUAACUUAAGUACUUUACAACACUGUACGCGUGUGCGUGUGUGUGUGUGUGUCUCGCGCAAAGACUGUGAAAAUGCAGUGUAGAUAGGGAUGCCAACACCACAUAGAUGAGAUAUAACCAACAAAAAACAAGUAGGCCUACAUAAAUGAAAACAAUAACACUUCAGGUACAGUACAUGUCCACUGCCCAAGCCAACGCCAAAGAAAGGAUACCUUGUUUAUUUUGUAUUUUCCAUUAGCAUUAGUCUUUUUUAUUAUUAUUUCUUAGGGUCAACAAUUACCUGUGUCAUAUUACUAAUUAUAUUGCCUUUUGAUAUGCUGAUUGUUGGCCUGUUUACUUAUGUUUUUCUUAUUUUACUUAUUUUAUUGUUUUGUUUUUCAGGCUAAUUACCCUAAUAUAACAAACAUUUGUGAAUGGUGUUGAGUAAGCACUUUUAUUUGUUUCCAGUCAGUUGCCACAGGUAUAUGUCUGUACCUGGCGCCCCCUAUAACAUCAGCACGGAUGACAAGGGGGUCCUAAAGGCGGUUCUUCAUGGGACCUAUUCAUUUAACAACCAGACCAAUGAUGCUUUCCUCUUCAGGCCAUCUGCAAUCGAGAAAGCAGAAAGACAGGUAUGGAGGACAAACAAUAACUUUGACCUUUAUGCUGAACUUUUUUGGCUAAAAACCUGUUAGUGAUCAUAUAUAAAAUCUGUGCCAUAUGGUAUGGUUCACAAUAUACUGUAGUUGGACUAUACUGGCGAGACAUAAACUUCUUCAGUUCAACAAAGCUUUCCGUUACAGCUUGUAAAGGGGGUCAAAUACAUUCUGGAAGUAGACCUCUCACGGACUGUGUGCCUCAAAAAGUGGCACAGAAACACAGACCUGGCCAACUGCAAGUUCCAACCAGAUGGUUUGUUACAGCAGGUAUUGUACAGUACACAUUAUGUUUUUAGUGCAGAAUUAACAAAAGUUGGAAGAACAGUAGUGUGGAUUGAAUUUAAAUAUGAUACAGUAUGUCAAAGUUGUAUGUAUAGCAAUUGGGUAAAGACCAGCACUCAUUUUGGCUGACAAGUGGAAUGGAUCAUGGCUAAAAGUCAUAACAUUGUAGAUUAUUCUUUAUAAUAGAGUGCAUGUUUGUAUUUCAGACCUUCCACUGUGACUUUGAGGUUUGGACUAUGUCUUGGCUCCACUUCAUGAAGACUACCAAUUUUAUUUGCAGUCCAUCUGACCGACCUUCCACUUCUCCAUGAAACCCAAUCCUUCCUCAUUCAAUGUUCUGAGGAAAUACUAAGCUGUUUCCUUCUAAACAUGGUCAUAUAACUGAGCAUAUUUACAUUUCUCUAAAUAAAA